AUGGCGGCGAAGGGUGCUCACGCCCCGCCCUCCGGUGAUCGCCAGGUUGUGCGGUCACGUGACGCGCGGAGCCGGGCCACAUCUAGACUCCUGGUGAACUACCAAGAACCUUAUCGCUCCCAGAUUUUAGAUUAUCUGUUCAAGCCAAAUUUCGGUGCUUCUUUACAUAUCCUCAAAGUGGAGAUUGGAGGUGAUGGACAAUCAACAGAUGGCACUGAGCCCUCCCAUAUGCACUAUGAAAAUGAUGAGAACUACUUCCGGGGCUAUGAAUGGUGGCUGAUGAAAGAAGCUAAAAAGAGGAACCCCAAAAUUAAACUGAUUGGAUUACCUUGGACAUUUCCGGCAUGGAUAGGGAAGGGUGAAAACUGGCCCUAUGACUACCCAGAUGUCACUGCUUACUAUGUUGUUUCUUGGAUAUUAGGAGCUAAACAGUAUCAUGAUUUGGACAUUGAUUAUAUUGGGAUAUGGAAUGAAAGGGCAUUUAGUAGCAAAUAUAUUAAGCUGUUGAGGUACACAUUGGAUAAGCACGGUCUGCAGCAGGUGAGGAUCGUAGCCAGCGAUAGACUGUGGGAGCCCAUUUCCUUUGUCUUGCUGCUUGACUCUGAGCUCCAUGGAGUGGUCGAUGUGAUUGGGGCUCACUAUCCUGGAACAAAAACAGUGCCAAAUGCCUUAUUAACUAAGAAGAAACUGUGGUCCUCAGAAGAUUACAGUACUUUCAAUGAUGAAGUAGGUGCAGGCUGCUGGGCUCGGAUCCUGAACCAAAACUACGUGAAUGGAAACAUGACCUCAACCAUUGCAUGGAACUUGGUGGCUAGUUAUUAUGAAGAGUUGCCCUUUGGUCGAUGUGGAUUAAUGACAGCGCAAGAGCCGUGGAGUGGCCACUACAAAGUAGAAGCUCCUAUCUGGAUUACAGCACACACAACACAGUUUACUCAGCCAGGCUGGUCAUACUUGCGAGUAGAUGGACAGUUAGAAGGAGGUGGUAGUUUUGUAGCUCUGACAGAUGGCCUAGGAAACCUUACCAUCAUCAUUGAAACUAUGACUCAUAAUCACUCUCAAUGUAUCAGGCCUCUACUGCCUCAUUUCAGUGUGACACCUCAGAAAGCAACUUUCUACCUCAAAGGGUCAUUUUAUAUGGUGCAAACCCUUCAAGUGUGGCAUUCUAGACUUGGGUUUGAAUCGGGAAACUCUAGUCUUUUCCAGCAACUCCAUCCUGUGAAGGUGUGGAAGGGAAGUUUUUCUUUAUAUCUAAAUGUGGAUGAAGUCUACACUUUAACCACACUCAAGACAGGGCAGAAAUGUGGUUGCCCAGAGCCUCCACCACCUCAGCCCUUUCCUUCAAAUUACAAAGAUGAUUUCAAUAUUCGUAAUCCACCUUUCAGUGAAGCCCCAAAUUUUGCAGAUCAGACAGGUGUCUUUGAAUACUUCAUAAAUAGUUCUGACCCAGGAGAUCAUGUGUUCACACUCCGCCAGGUAGUGGUUCAGCGACCCAUCACUUGGGCUUCUGAUGCAGACCAGACCAUCAGUCUCAUAGGAAAUUUUCAGUGGGUAAACAUGACAGUCACUUGUGACGUCUACAUAGAAAAACAACGUGAUGGGGGCGUCUUUAUUGCAGGAAGAGUUGACAAUGGUGGGAUAUAUGUUCGACGUACCAAAGGAGUUUUCUUCUGGGUUUUUGCAGAUGGCACCUACAGAGUCACUGGUGAUCUAGCCGGAGAAGAAAUAUUAAUGAAAGGACUUUCUGGUGUCCGGGAUAAUGCGUGGCACACACUUACUCUUAACAUUCAGGGCACUUCUGCCUCAGGACUGUUAAAUGGUUAUCCACUCUGGGAGAAUGUCACUGUUUCUAAACCAAGUAAUGGCUGGGCUGCUAUUGGAACUCGCUCGUUUGAGUUUGCACAGUUUGACAACUUUCAUGUUGAAGCUAGCUGAGGUGGCUUUUGCAUUUGGAGAACCCAGUUCUCAUAUUGCUUUGAAUAAGAGCCAGUUCAAACUUUGAUGACAACUUAAUGCUAUGCUGAGAUUGAUCAUUUGGCAAGGAAUCUGGAUUCUGUCCUUAUUAUUUGUUAAAGAUUUACUUGAGUAGGUAUCAACAUGACUGUAACUUUAUCCCCUGGUUGCUAUGGGAUUUUUGCCCUUCGAUUUUUGGGGGUAAAUUUUAGUUCAAGGUAAUGAUGAAAACAAAAUCUGGAUUUAAGUCUCUUUUAAUAGCAACAUCUUAACUUCCCAGCUCACUUUUAAGAUAACUUUAGAAGUUAACAGAAGACAGAGGCAUCUCAAGCUGCAUUUCUAACACUUAGAUAAUUGUGUCCAUUCCUUUCACUCUGAAAGAAAGAAUUAAAUGGUGGUAAGCCUUAUGAGCCAGUGGCCCCAUACUUUUGUAGGGCUGUCAUUCUCAAAUUUCAUUUGGAUGAAGAAUCUAGCUUUUCUAUAGUAAAAAAAAAAAAAAGACAUUUUGUCUGUUUUUCUGCUACAGUCUGAGGCUAGACAUUACUCCAAAUGCAUUUGAUGACUUCUUCCUGAUUACUUUUUCCAACUUGCAUUGCCAGCCUUAAAAUAGAUAUUUUCAGUGGAAUGGCAAUGUGCCUUACGGCUGAUCAGGCAGUGCAGGAUGUGCCUUACUUCUAAACUACCUCCUCUUUCCAAUGAAAGGGUUGAAAUGGAUGAAAGAUACCAUAACUUGCAGUUCAUUAAU